CUUUGCGAGCAGGUUUGGGUCUCUCACGCAGAGGAAACCAAAAGCAGUAAGAGGGAGGGCAGACAGAGCGACCAAUCAAGGGCAGGGUGAGGCUCAAAACCAGCGGGCUCCCUGGGGAGCCCCACCGAGGCUGGGGGCGAUGGCGGAGCUGCAGCAGCUACAAGAGUUUGAGAUCCCCACGGGCCGGGAGGCUCUGAGAGGCAACCACAGCGCCUUGCUGCGGGUGGCUGACUACUGCGAGGACAACUAUGUACAGGCCACAGACAAGCGGAAAGCACUAGAGGAGACCAUGGCCUUCACCACCCAGGCACUGGCCAGUGUGGCCUACCAGGUGGGCAACCUGGCUGGGCACACUCUGCGAAUGCUGGACCUGCAGGGAGUUGCCCUGCGACAGGUGGAAGCCCGCGUGAGCACCCUGGGCCAGAUGGUGAACAUGCAUAUGGAGAAGGUGGCCCGAAGGGAGAUCGGCACCUUAGCCACUGUCCAGAGGCUGUCCCCUGGCCAGAAAGUCAUCGCUCCUGAGAGCCUACCCCCCCUCACGCCCUACUGCAGGAGACCUCUCAACUUUGGCUGCCUGGAUGACAUUGGCCAUGGAAUCAAGGACCUGAGCACGCAGCUGUCACGGACUGGGACCCUGUCUCGAAAGAGCAUCAAGGCGCCUGCAACACCUGCCUCCACCACGCUGGGGAGACCACCCCGGAUCCCGGAGCCCGUGCAGCUCCCAGUGGUGCCUGAUGGCAAACUCUCGGCCGCCUCCUCCGCCUCUUCCCUGACCUCCGCCGGCAGCGCCGAAGGUGUCGGUGGGGUCCCUCAGUCCAAGGGACAGGCUCCCCCAACUCCACCUCCUCCACCCGCCGCCGCCGCCGCAGAGGUGUUUCUGCCGCCCCCUCCCCUCCUCGAGGAGCUGUCCCCGCCCCCACCAGAGCUGCCCCUGCCCCUGGACCUGCCCCCUCCUCCACCUCUGGAAGUAGAGGACCUGGGGCUGCCACCUCCACCCCCGCCAGGCUUUGUGGAUGAACCCAGCUGGGUCCCUGAGGCAUACUUGGAAAAAGUGGUGACACUGUACCCAUACACCCGCCAGAAGGACAACGAGCUCUCCUUCUCUGAGGGCACGGUCAUCUGCGUCACCCGCCGCUACUCCGAUGGCUGGUGCGAGGGCGUCUGCUCGGAGGGGACUGGAUUCUUCCCAGGGAAUUAUGUGGAGCCCAGCAGCUGACAGCUCAGGGAUCUCCCUGUACCCACCCAGGGUCUGCAGGGAGCAGGUGUCUUGAGCCCCAGAACAAAGCCUGCUCCAGUCAAGCUCUGGAUUAGGCCACCUCUUAGUCUGUGAGCUGUGUUGUUUCUUUCCCCUUAUUGUUGCGGGGGAGAGGUCCUAGGGACAGAGAGAGGAUACCCAGAGACUUACUGUGAUGUUGUCCACAGAGGACCCCUAAUCCAUGCAGAGUGGGGUCUCCAGCUGCAAGUACCAACUUUGAAUAAAACUGAUGACCUGAUGACUGCCCUGCAGGGCUAGAGGACCAGAGGGGAGGGAUUGAAAGGCACUCAAUUCUAAGGCUCCUGCUGUAGCCCUGCAGAAUGCCCCAGUAGCAGUGCCUUUCCACCUCCUCAGUCCUCAUUAGUCCUCAUUAGUGUUCCUUCCACCAGA